UUUUAAAUAUCUUUAUAUAUUUGCCUUUAGUCUCACCACGACACAUAGAUUAGUUAAUCAAUAUCUGGUUUCCUAACAUGUUGUUUCUUCUUCUUGCCUUGCUUUUAACUCUAAUUUUUCUUGUGAAAAAUAAGAUCAAAGCCAAUAAUGAAAACAAGCCAAAACUUCCUCCUGCUCCUCCAAAACUUCCAAUCAUAGGUAACUUACACCAACUUGGUUCACUACCCCAUCAAUCUCUAUGGAAUCUCUCAAAAACAUAUGGCCAUAUUAUGGGGCUUCAUUUUGGGACAGUACCAGCCAUAGUUAUAUCUUCAGCUGAAGCUGCAGAAGAGGUCUUGAAAACCAAUGACUUGGCUUGUUGCAAUAGGCCAACUUUAACUGGCCCUACAAAACUUUCUUACAACAACAUUGACAUAACUUUCUCACCUUAUGGUGAACAUUGGAGGCAGAUAAGGAAACUAUGUUCUCUCAAGUUACUCAGCAGCAAGAGUGUUCAAUCCUUUGAUUUCAUUAGAGAUGAAGAAAUUCAUUCUCUUAAUGAUUUUCUCCGCGAGUCAUCGGUUUCAGCCACUCCUGUUAAUCUCAGUGUCAAGAUGUCUACUCUUAUGGCAAGCAUGACUUUCAGGACAGCCUUUGGGAAGAGAUUUCCUGAGUGUGGACUCGACAGCGACGAGUUUGAAGAAAUGAUUCAUCGCGCAAUGGGUGUCGUCGGAACCUUUGCAUUCUCUGAUCUGUUUCCUCAUGUGGGAUGGAUUGUUGAUAGACUGAGUGGUGCUCAUGCCAAAUGUGAGAAUAUCUUCCGUGAAUUGGAUGAUUUCUUUCAAAUUGUGAUUGCUGAGCAUCUAAAUCGAACCCCAGAAAAAGGGAGAGAAGAUCUUGUUGAUUUGCUGCUGAGCAUGGAGACUGGUGAAGAUGACUCCACCAAUGAAGAACCUUUCACUAGAGAUUGUACUAAGGCACUCAUCAUGGAUAUAUUUGUUGCUGGAGUGGACACAGCUUCGAUCACAGUAACUUGGGCAAUGGCAGAGCUAGCUAAAAAUCCAAGGGUGAUGAAGAAAAUACAAGAUGAAAUCAGAAAUUAUUGUUUGAAGAAAAACAAAGUUAUGAUCACUGAAAGUGACAUUGACCAACUUCAUUAUCUCAAAAUGGUUGUGAAAGAGACUCUGAGGUUACACCCUGCAUCACCAAUUUUGCUAAGAAAAAGCAUAUCUCAAUUCAAGGUUGGUGGCUAUCAAAUUAAUCCAAAAACACUCAUUCAAGUAAACUUUUAUGCCAUAGGAAGGGAUCCUAAAUAUUGGCAUAGCCCAGAAGAGUUCAUCCCAGAAAGGUUUAAUGAUAACUCCAUUGAUUUCAAAGGGCAAAACUUUGAGUACUUGCCAUUUGGAUCAGGUCGAAGAGGGUGCCCAGGGAUGACUAUGGGACUGACUAUGGUGGAGUUCACACUAGCCAAUCUCUUGUGCUGCUUUGAUUGGAAAUUGCCAGUUGGGAUGAAGGAGUCGGAUAUUGAAAUGGGGGAGGGGGCUGGAUUUACAAUCUUUAAGAAAUCUGCUCUUAAACUUGUCCCAGUUAGCUAUCAAUGGCCCUUGGAGAUUCAAACAUAGCUAAUCAACUUCAUAAUUUUUAUUGUAUGCAAAUUGACUAUAUUUUUGUCUCAUAAUAAAUAUGGGCACAUGCUUGCUUGUAUGCACUUGUACUCACAAAAAUAAUAAUGUAAUAGUAAUUUGCGGUAUAAAUAUUUAAGUUUAAUUUGCAGUUGCAAAUAAAUACAUAAGUUUAUUUUUUUACAGUA